AUGUUGAAUUACUAUGGGAACGAAAGUCAAAGCACUCUCGCAACUGAAGAAAGUUCAAGUUUAUGCGAGAAAAGCCUUCUAGAUACAGCAGAAAGGAAAGAACUUGAAGCAAUACAAAACAAAGUAACAAAAUACAAGAAAAGGAAACUAUACUUUACUUAUCUCAGAAAGCUGUACUCGCCUUUGCUAUUUGUAGGCUUAGUUGCAGGUGUUCUCUGCGGAAUUAUCAUUGGUUUGUAUCAAUACCUUGCAGAAGAGUUAACAGAUGCAAAUAUUUACAUAUACAACUUGAUAAGAAAAGAUAAAAGGUAUAUUGCUGCAGCUUUAGGCGUUAAUAUCAUAAUUGGUUUAAUUAUUGGUUUUGCAAUUGAUUACUUAAAAGAAAUCAGAGGUAGUGGCAUUCCUUACAUAGAAAGUGUCGCUCGAGGCAACUUACAAGUUACUUGGUACUCUUCCCUUCCUGGAAUGUUCAUUAUCAGUUUACUUGGUAUCUUUUCUGGUUUACUUAUUGGCUCUGAAGGUCCAUCUGUCUUCUUAGGCGGAUGUAUUGGCUACGCGAUUGCCAAAAUCCUCAAAAGGAACAGAAUUCCAGAUAUGUUGCUUGUUGCUGCUGGUUCAUCAGCAGGAUUAGCUGUAGCAUUCGAUGCACCUCUUUCUGGUAUGAUUUUCGCUCUCGAAGAAGUUUAUCGAAAAUUUUCUACGCAAAUUAUUCUUGUUUCAGUUAUUACAGUGUCUGUAUCACAAAUUAUUUCACAUCUUAUCUUUGGCGACAAGAGAUUAAUCAUCAAUCCCGUACAAAUUGAACAAUUUGACAUUUUACACUUCGGCAUCUCAUUAUUCUGUGGAGUAUCAGGUGGAAUCCUCGGUUCAUUGUUCAAUAUUCUUAUUUGCCAUGCAAGAAACUGGUUCAAAUACAUUAAAUGUCUUCCACUUAAAUUAUACGUUGUUAUUCCAGAAGUUGUUACUGUUUUUGUCAUCUACUUCCUUCCUGAUGGUGCUUACGGUGGUUCUGCAUGUCUUAAGAAGACUCUUGAUGACAAAUUUAAGACAUGGGAAGUUGGAGCUCUUCUUGGUGUCAGAAUCAUCUCCAUUUUACUUUGUUUUGCAUCAAAGACUUCCGGUGGAAUUUUCAUCCCAAUGCUUUCGGUUGGAGCUUUGUGGGGCUCAUUAACUGCCAAAUUACUCAUAAAAAUUGGCAUUGAAUCAAAGAACUUUUCAUAUAUGUCCUUAAUAACUAUGUCUUCUUUCUUCACAGCUGUUGUAAGGGCUCCUUUAACAGCUGUCAUUCUCCCGGUAGAAUUUACUGAACAAUUUACUGGCUGGCUCGGGCCAAUAACCGCUGUCGCAGGUGCCUAUAUCGUCGCUGAGUUCUUCCGCGUGGAGCCUCUUUACGAAAAAUUGAUGGAAGUUUUGGUUGAAAAAAGAGAUGAAGAAGAAGUCAACAAAUUCGACGAAUUUUCAUUCAUUGUAACUGUGGAAUCAACAAUUGCUGGUCAAUGCGUAAGAGAUCUCAUUCUUCCUGAAGGAACAACGAUUACUCAUAUUAUUAGAGAUAAAACUCUCUUCUUCCCCUCGGAUACAACUGAAAUACUUGAAGGAGAUGAGGUUUUCUUCAUGUGUGAGGCAGACAAAAUGGCAGAUGUUGAAGAUAUGAUUGGAAAAGUUUUCUAA